UUUUUAUCAAGUUUAUAAAGCUGAUCAGUAUUGGUUAUCGCGUGUUAUUUGUAAAACAUAUCGAACGCUUCAAUAGGUAGAUAUUCUAGUGUGCGUUGAAUCGGUCACCGGUUGCACUCGUUUGGUGUGAUAGUUGUUUAUCGGCACCAACUCUAUAUAAGGGGCUCGCGCGAACAGAAGUGCGGUAUUUGCGCUCACAGGACGCGUCCAGUGUGUCGCUCCGUUUUACACCGAACUAGACUUGCAAGAAGACUUCAGAACAUGGCAUCAAGAGACCCGGCUUCAGACCAGCUGGUCGGCUACAAGAAGACUCUUAAAGAUUCCCCUGGUUUCAUCACUACCAAAUCUGGAAGCCCCGUAGGAGUGAAGACUGCGAUCCAAACUGUUGGUAAAAACGGCCCCGCCCUCUUACAAGAUGUCAACUUCUUGGAUGAGAUGUCUUCUUUUGAUAGGGAGCGUAUUCCGGAACGCGUGGUACAUGCUAAAGGUGCCGGCGCGUUUGGUUAUUUCGAGGUCACCCAUGACAUAAGCAAGUACUCCGCUGCUAAAGUGUUUGAAACUAUUGGGAAAAGGACACCUAUUGCAGUCCGAUUCUCAACUGUUGGCGGUGAAAGCGGCUCGGCUGAUACUGUUCGUGAUCCUAGAGGAUUUGCCGUCAAGUUUUACACAGAUGACGGUAACUGGGAUUUAGUUGGGAACAACACUCCUAUCUUCUUUAUCAGAGAUCCUACUCUAUUUCCUAGUUUCAUACACACCCAGAAACGAAACCCCGCAACCCACCUAAAGGAUGCUGACAUGUUCUGGGAUUUCCUGACUCUGAGGCCAGAAUCAAUCCAUCAGGUUUUAUAUCUAUUUGGUGAUCGUGGAAUCCCUGACGGAUACAGACACAUGAACGGAUAUGGCUCCCAUACUUUCAAACUGGUCAAUGCUCAGGGAGUGGCUCACUGGGUGAAAUUCCAUUACAAGACCAACCAAGGAAUCAAGAACUUGCCCACGGAUAAGGCCGCUGAACUGGCGUCCUCCGACCCUGACUAUUCCCUCAGAGAUCUGUAUAAUGCAAUUGGCAAGGGUGACUUCCCUUCGUGGACAUUAUACAUCCAAGUCAUGACCAUGGCGCAAGCAGAGAAUUGCAAAUUUAAUCCAUUCGACUUGACCAAAGUCUGGCCCCAUUCCGAGUACCCAUUGAUCCCAGUAGGUAAGCUGGUUUUGGAUAGAAAUCCCAAGAACUAUUUCGCUGAGGUUGAGCAAUUGGCCUUUAGUCCAAGCAAUAUGGUUCCGGGGAUCGAGCCGUCACCCGAUAAGAUGUUGCAAGGUCGUUUAUUCUCAUACAGCGACACCCACCGCCAUCGCCUGGGUGCCAACUACUUGCAGAUCCCUGUGAACUGCCCAUUCCGUGUCACUGUCUCUAACUACCAACGCGAUGGACCUCAAGCUAUUGCCAACCAGGAAGGGUGCCCGAAUUAUUUCCCUAACUCAUUCUCUGGGCCACAAGAGUGCCCCCGCGCACAGCGUCUGCAACCUAGAUACAACUUGACCGGAGAUGUCGACCGCUAUGAUAGUGGUCAAACCGAAGAUAACUUCUCUCAAGCUACCAUGCUCUACAAACAGGUGUUUGAUGAUGCCGAAAAGCAGCGUACCAUCUCGAACUUUGUAGGCCACCUCAAGGAUGCCGCGGCUUUCAUCCAAGAGAGGGCCAUCAAGAUCUUUACCCAAGUCCACCCGGAACUAGGCAGCAAGGUUGAGGCUGGCUUGGCCCCUUUCAAAAAAUACCAUGCCAAUUUGUAAAUAUUACCAA